CUCCAUUUUGGCCACAGUAACCGCUUGAACGGCUCAAAUCACUCCACGAAGAUUGGCCUGGUAUAGCGCCCCUGAGGACAAAGCAUAGAGGGGCUUAUCGAUAACCCGGCUUGAGUUGUGCCCAACUGUCAGAGGAGAGAAGAGGGUGACAAGAGCCCAAUUGUGACGUUGAAUUGGACACCACCAGCAACGGGACACAAAAUCCUUCUGGGUCUUCUAGACAUUCAGACGACGAGAAUAAAUUCUCUUCCAGUCAAGAAAGAAAACAAAGAGAAUUCCCUCGUCCCGUCACUCUACGUAUCGGGCACGUGACGCUAUCGCGGGGAGCUGACUCAGCUGUGCAAAAUCAAAAUCGCAGGACCCCUCAUUAUUAUUGAAACCUACAACCUCGACUCCCGUGUUGCUUGCCGUGUCCUUGAUUGCGUCUCGGAAUUUAUCUCACGAUGUCGAACCAGACCCCCGAAUCUUGGGAGGAUGAGCUCUCCCGGCAAGCGGAGGGUGUCAACCUGAACGCACAAGGCCGUCGUCAGACCCAGGCGCCUUCAUUCCAACCUGGUGCGGCGAACUUCCAGCCCGGCGCCGCCUCUUUCACCCCCGGCGCCUCGUCCUUCGUGCCUGGACAGCAGUACCAGCAAUAUGGUGGUGGCUAUCAGUAUAACCAGUACGGCCAGCAAGCAUACGGCUACCCCCAGCAGUCCUACGGCCAAUACGGCUCAUAUGGCCAGCAGCCCGGUGGCCAGCAGCCCGGUGGUUAUAACCAGUACUAUAACCAGCAACCUGGUGGCUUCCAGCAGCAGCAGCAGCCUCGUCAGCCUGCGCCCGCCGCCGCCCAACAGCCUGCCCAGCCUGCCCCCAAGGCUGCCGUGAAUGCCUCCGCCGCCGCUCCCAAGGCCAAGGUCCUAUCCAUCGGUGCCACCUCCUCCAGCGCCGCUCCCAAGACCAAGGUGCUGUCCAUCGGAACUCCUACUCCUCCCCCCGCCGCUGUCGCUGCUGCUACCCCCGCCGCUGCGACUACAUCCAACUCCACCAAGGGUGAUACUAAGGGUGCUGAGGCUGCCGAAGCUGGAGCCAAGGUGACCGCUGCCAAGGCUAUCGAGAAGACCGAGAAGAAGGCCGAUGCGAAGGGUGCUGCUAGCGGCAAGUCUUCGCCCACUCCUUCCUCUGGUCGCUCCAGCCCUGGCCGUGGCGAGGCCGCCAAGGCUGCCCGCGCCGCCGAUGCUGUGGCCAAGGCUCAGCUGGCUGAUGUCGACGAGGCCACUCUCAAGGAAAUUUACGGUGAAAGGCGCGAGCAUAUCAACGUUGUGUUCAUUGGCCACGUUGAUGCCGGAAAGUCCACCCUGGGUGGUUCUCUGCUCUACUGCACUGGCAUGGUUGAUGACCGAACUCUGGACAAGUACAAGAAGGAAGCCAAGGAAGCUGGUCGUGAGACCUGGUACCUUUCAUGGGCUCUUGAUUUGACUAACGAGGAGCGUGCUAAGGGUAAGACUGUCGAAGUUGGUCGUGCUUUCUUCAAGGUCAUGGUCCCUCACCCCGAUGGCCCCAUCGAGCGCCAGUUCUCGAUUCUCGAUGCGCCUGGUCACAAGUCUUACGUUCCCCACAUGAUUGGAGGUGCAUCCCAGGCUGACUUGGGCUGUCUUGUCAUCUCCGCCCGUAAGGGUGAGUAUGAGACUGGUUUCGAGAAGGGCGGUCAGACCCGUGAGCAUGCCCUGCUUGCACGUAACACUGGUGUUCAGAAGCUGGUCAUUGUCGUCAACAAGAUGGACGACCCCACCGUCGAAUGGAGCAAGGCUCGCUUCGAAGAGUGUACCGUCAAGGUCAUCAAGUUCUUGGAGGCUCUUGGCUAUAAGAAGAGCGAUAUCUUCUGUAUGCCUAUUUCUGCUCAGACCACUCUGAACAUCAAGGACAGACUUCCGGCCGGUGUCGCCCCCUGGUACGACGGUCCCUCUCUUCUGGAGUACCUUACAGAAUUCAAGCUUCCCGAGCGUAAGAUCAACGCUCCUUUCAUGAUGCCUAUUAGCGCUAAGUACCGCGACAUGGGUACCAUGGCCGAGGGUCGUGUCGAGUCUGGCGUCAUCAAGAAGAACGGCUCUUAUCUCAUGAUGCCCAACCGCACCGAGGUUCAGAUCUCCGCCCUUUACGGUGAGACUGAAGACGAAAUUUCCACCGCUUCAUGUGGUGACCAGGUCCGCAUGCGUCUGCGCGGUGUGGAAGAGGAGGAUUUCUUCCCCGGUUUCGUGCUCUGCUCUCCCAAGCGCCCCGUCCACUGCGUGUCUGCUUUCGAGGCCAAGAUCCGUAUUCUCGAUCUCAAGAGCAUUCUCUCUGCCGGUUUCAACUGUGUCCUUCACGUUCACUCUGCCAUUGAGGAGGUUACUUUCGCUGCUCUCCUCCACAAGCUCGAGCCUGGCACCGGCCGCAAGAGCAAGCGCCCCCCGCCAUUCGCCAACAAGGGCCAGACUAUCAUUGCCCGCCUUGAGGUGACCAGCACUGCUGGUGCAGUCUGCGUUGAGAGAUUCGAGGACUACCAGCAGCUUGGACGAUUCACCCUCCGUGACCAGGGACAAACCAUUGCUAUUGGCAUGAUCACCAAGCUCAUCCUGCCUGAAAACGAAGAGUAAAUGCCUGAUGCUUGGAAACAUAUAACGGAAUAUGCAUAUUCUCGCCUUGCGGGAACAAGACCUUAAACAGGAUACCACCAUGGAAGCUAUGGAUGUUUUUAAACUUCUCCCCAACCCGACCCUUCCAAACAAGAGGGAGCCAGGGUGGGUGGAGAUUGAGCGAUGAUACACUCAAAAGCGUACGCUUCAUUUUGAUGAUUAUGAAACUUCUUUACCCCUUCCAUAUAUAGAAUUGCUAUUUGUCAUUUCGACAAGGAGUCAAAUUGCAGUACUCCACCCUUGUAGAUCUAUCCUUUCAACAGUGAAAGCAUGCCUACGGCACCGGAC